UGGAAAGUUAGUUUAGUCUUAGUACGUUGUGGAAUAAUGGCGUAUAAAUUCACUAUCGGAGAUCCAGUGUGGGCAAAAAUGAAAGGAUUUUCACCUUGGCCAGGGAAGAUUGCUUUUCCUGCCAAAGAAAUAAAACGACCAGCUCUGAAGAAACCUAUGCAUUGUAUCUAUUUUUUUGGAACAAAAGACUAUGCUUGGAUACUUGAAGAAAAUAUAAAGCCAUAUCAUGAGUUUCGGGAGGAGUUUAUGCAGAAAAACAGGUUAUUAACUUUCAAAGAUGCAGUUGGAGAAGCUGAAGAGUAUGUGAAAAGUCACCCUGAGCUUAAGUCACCAAGAAUUGAAACAAACCUCACAUUUGAGAAAAAAGAACAAAAUGGCAAAGACGUACAGCCACAAAAAAUAAAAGAAAAAUCCACUUCAUCUAAAAAACCAAGACAGAAAAGAGCUUUGUCAGAUAGUAGUAACACAAGUUCUGCUUCAACAAAAAAAAAACGAGGUCCUACCGUCACACCACAAAUGGCUGGGGAAGCAUCAAGUUCAGCAUUUCAGCUCUCAUCUUCAUCAGCAUCACCAGUAGAAAACUAUUAUACUCAUGUUAAUUCAUCUCCUAGUAAAUACACCGGCCUGCUUUCAAGACCAUCGUACAUGAAUCGACCAGUAACACCACCUUUAGAUGUAGAAAAUGUAUCCGAUACCUUAAAGCAAAAGAAUGUGAAAGCCUCAGAGUUAAAGUUUGGAUUCCUUGGGUUGGGAAUAAUGGGUCAAGGAAUAGUGAAAAAUCUCCUGAACUCUGGACAUACAGUGACUAUAUGGAACAGAACACCAAGAAAGUGUCGAGACUUCGUAGAAGCAGGUGCCAUUCAAGGUCAAACUCCAAGUGAUGUUGUAGCAGCAUCUGACAUUACAUUCAGCUGUGUGUCUGACCCCCAGGCAGCAAAAGAGUUGGUGUUCGGAAACUGUGGAGUACUAAAGGAAAUGAAAAGAAACAAAGGCUACGUGGAGAUGACCUCAGUGGAUCCUGAAACCUCUCAAGAUAUAGCAGAGGCUAUUCAAGCUCAAGGUGGACGAUAUUUAGAGGCUCCAGUUCUAGGUUCCAAGAAACCAGCUGAAGAAGGAAUGUUGAUUAUAUUGGCAGCAGGAGACAAAUCAGUCUUUGAUGACUGUACCACUUGUUUUCAAGCUAUGGGCAAACAUGCCUUUUAUCUAGGAGAGGUUGGUAGUGGAUCUAAAAUGAACCUAAUUGUCAACAUGAUCCUAGGAACAACAUUAGGAGCAUUAGCUGAGGCUAUGGCAUUGGCAGAUAGAGCUGGUUUGUCUCAGAAAGAUCUUAUGGAGAUAUUAGGACUUGGUUUCUUAAACUGUCCAAUAAUCAUUGAAAAAGGCCAAGCUAUUAUAGAAGGCACCUUUGGUACAAAUAUGCCUUUGCAGCACAUGCAGAAAGAUCUCUGCCUUGCACUGGAAGUUGGUGACCAACUUGAACAGCCAUUACCUCUUGCAGCUGCAGCCAAUGAGGUAUACAAGCAUGCCAAGCGGUUUGGAUAUGGAGACCAUGACGUAUCGGCAGUAUAUCUUCGAGCUCGGUUUUAACACCAAAAUGUUUCAUGAAAUCCUGCCUUUCGCACCGUGGCUGUUAUUAGAAUGAUAUUUUGUCAUUUGACAGGCCCUGUAAUAAAGCAUUCUUUGCAUAAGAAAUUUUGAAAGGUUUAUAAUCUAUGAAUGAAAUGCCUGGUCAUUAUUUUUAUGGGCGUUCUCUCUCUCUCUUCCUUUUUUCCUUUUUUUUUUUUUUUUUGCAGAAUUGUACAUAUAUUUUCUUGCUCUCAGAAAGUUGUUUCCUCAUAUGUGUACUUGUGUAUAGUGGUAGAAUGUGCAGUGGUAGCAGUUGUUUGAGGGUAGGUCAUCUUGACUAAGACAUUCGUAUAAUAAUAAUACACAGGUCAUUUUAAAGAUAUUUAUAAACGUGGAUAGAAUUUCCUAAUAAGAAGAUGUUAAAUUUUUACACCAGCUAAUAAAAAUAAUUUUAUGAUAGGUGAUGUACUUAAUGCCUUGUCGUAUCUUUAAUCAGUUAUUGAGAAUUUAUGGACAUCACAUUGAAAAUAUAUUAACAUUAAAAAUUAGCAUUUUCCGAAUUACUGGAUAUUACAAAUCCAAAUGUUAUCCAACAAAAUCAGGAGGCUCAAGUCAUUUAUAUGUUAUAGACUUUAAGUAUAGGGGAAAUGACUAUUAUUUAAACGAAAAUUAUUCUUCAUAGAGCAUUUUCAUUUUAACUCCCUUUUUUUUUUAUCUGAACUUUUUAAAUACUUUACUCAAGCAUAUUGCAAAAUAUGAUCAAGUUUGAAGUUUGAGAUCACGUACAGAUUUAAUUGUUUUUAUUGUGUUUUUUUUUUCUCCUUUAUAUAAUUUGUUUCACUAUUUUUACAGAAAUGGUACCACUGUAGCUAUUCAUUUUAGAAAUGACAGUCCACAGUAAUGCUUACUGUGCAUAUGUAAUCGUUCUUUCGUGACCACGAGGAAAAUAAAGUCUGUUUAUUAUUACUUUA